AUGGCUUGGGCCAACCAGGGCAUGUCUGCCCUCAUCCCAGUUAUUAACAGGGUUCAGGAUGCUUUUUCUCAACUUGGUACUCCAGUCAGCUUUGAACUUCCUCAAAUCGCCGUAGUUGGUGGUCAAAGUGCUGGUAAAUCUUCCGUACUAGAAAACUUUGUUGGAAAAGAUUUCCUUCCGCGUGGUGCUGGAAUUGUCACUCGCCGGCCUCUGAUUCUUCAAUUGAUUCAGGAUAGAAAUGAAUACGCAGAGUUUCUUCACAAAAAAGGGCAUUAUUUUUCUGAUUUUGAAGCCGUUCGUAAAGAAAUCGAAGAUGAGACUGAUCGCGUAACAGGACAAAACAAAGGAAUAUCCCCACAUCCAAUCAACCUUCGAGUCUUCAGUCCACAUGUGUUGAACCUAACACUUAUUGAUCUUCCUGGUCUUACGAAAGUCCCAGUUGGUGAUCAGCCAGUAGAUAUUGAACAGCAAAUUAGGGAUAUGAUUCUGACUUACAUUGGUAGAGAAACAUGUCUAAUUCUCGCUGUUACUCCAGCUAAUAGUGACUUGGCCACUUCUGAUGCUCUUAAACUAGCUAAAGAAGUUGACCCACAGGGGCUACGUACUAUCGGUGUUCUGACCAAGUUGGAUUUGAUGGACGAAGGAACAGAUGCUCGGGAAAUUCUUGAAAAUAGGUUAUUCCCACUACGUCGAGGAUACGUUGGAGUAGUAAACCGUGGUCAGAAAGAUAUCGUGGGACGCAAAGAUAUUCGAACUGCUUUAGAUGGCGAACGAAAGUUCUUCUUGUCGCAUCCUUCUUACAGACAUAUGGCUGAUCGUCUAGGAACUUCAUACCUACAAGUUACACUCAAUCAACAACUCACGAACCAUAUAAGAGAUACAUUACCAUCACUUCGUGAUAACUUGCAAAAACAAUUGUUCUCUCUUGAGAAAGAUGUAGCAGACUUUAAAAAUUUCCAGCCCAAUGAUCCUGGAAGGAAGACUAAGGCUUUGAUGCAAAUGGUUCAAAAUUUCACACAAGAUGUUGAGCGAUCCAUUGAAGGUUCCUCUUCCGCUGCCGUCUCAACACAAGAACUCAGUGGUGGAGCUAAAAUUAAAAGAUUAUUCCAUGAGAGAUUCCCGUUCGAAAUCGUCAAAAUGGAAAUCGAUGAGAAAGAAAUGAGGAGAGAAAUUCAAUUCGCGAUUAGAAAUAUUCAUGGUAUCAGAGUUGGACUCUUCACUCCUGACAAAGCUUUCGAAGCUAUGGCAAAGAAGCAAAUUGCUCGUUUGAAAGAACCUUCUUUGAAAUGUGUGGAUCUUGUAGUAGCAGAAUUAGCGAAUGUGGUUCGAUCCAGUACUCAAGUGCUAACUCGGUUCCCUCGAUUGAGAGAUGAAGUCGAACGAAUUGUUGUCGGUUUCAUACACGAAAGAGAUCAAAUGGCAAAAAAUCAUUUGAGUAUGAUAAUAGACGAUGAGCUUGCUUACAUGAACACCAACCAUGAAGAUUUUAUCGGAUUUUCCAAUGCUGAAGCUAAAGCAGCUCAGGGACAAGUCACAAAGAAAAAUCUUGGAAACCAAGUUAUCCGCAAGGGUUGGCUGAGCAUUAAUAACAUUUCGUUCAUGAAAGGAAGCAAAGAAUGCUGGUUUGUCCUCAUGAACGACAGUCUCAGUUGGUACAAAGAUGACGAGGAGAAAGAGAAGAAAUAUAUGUUACCACUUGAUGGAAUCAAACUCAGAGAUUUGGAAAGCGGGUUCAUGUCACGGCAGCACAAGUUUGCUCUGUUUUAUCCCGACGGAAAGAACAUCUACAAAGAUUUCAAACAGUUGGAACUUGGUUGUAACAACUUGGAUGAAAUCGACGCCUGGAAAGCUUCCUUCUUACGUGCUGGUGUCUAUCCUGAAAAGCAGAAGCCUGUGGAAGAUGAAGCUUCCCAGGAGGUUGAAGAAGUAUCAAUGGAUCCACAAUUAGAAAGACAAGUUGAAACUAUUCGAAAUCUUGUUGACUCUUAUAUGCAUAUUGUCACAAAGACUAUCAAAGACCUUGUUCCCAAGGCUGUUAUGAAUCUCAUAGUCAAUAAGGUUGGCGAAUAUAUUAAGGAUGAGCUUUUAGCUCGUUUGUAUGAGUGUGGUGACACAGAUUCAUUGAUGGAGGAGUCUCAAGCUGAAGCUCAUAAACGCGAAGAAAUGCUUCGAAUGUAUCAUGCCUGCAAAGAGGCUCUUCGAAUUAUAAGUGAAGUCAACUUGAGCACUAUUGGCGAAAAUCCUCCCAGUCUUCCUCCGAUGGAUUACAGACCUGUCGCCGGAGGAGCUGCUCCUAUGAACCGACCAGCGCCAGUCCCACCUGGCGGAGGAAGACCUGCUCCAAUGCCUCCCCGUCCAGGGGCUGGUCCCCCAGGAAUGGGACCACGUGGGCCACCUCCAGGUGUGGGAUACCCCCCUAACCUUCCACAACGUCCUGGUCCUAAUGGUCCACCACCGGGCCCAGGUCCAAUGGGACCACCGCCUCCUAGAAGAGCUCCAACUCCGAACAAUGGAAAAGUUCCGGAUAUUCCAGCUCGUCCUGUAAUUCCUCCUCGGCCAAAUUAA